UCGAAGAUCAUUUGCCAGUGAUGAUGACAGCCCCGGAUACAUCUCAAUGGAAACCGUUCAGGAUAUCCUCUACGAACAUGUAUCAACAGAGGACCGAUACAGUCACACAAGAGGUCCGCACUCUACCCGCAAACACCAACAAACCCUUCAGCCGCAACACGACACACAACAACACUUGAAACAAGAAGGUUACCAUCAUCCCCACCACCACCACCAUCCGCAGCUACCACCACAGCCUCACCCUCCUCAUCAAAUGCCGAAUGGUUGGGUUGAAAAGAGUGCCUUUGCAGACUGCAGCCCGCCCCCUACGAACUCCCCAACAAGAGAGUUGGACAAUCAAGAGCACUCCGAAGCCAUGCGCGAAGCCUUCAAUAACAGUUACAGCAGCGGGAGCACAGAAAGGUCAAAGUACGAGGAACUGUCGAGCGAAGACAAACGUCGUGGAAAUAGCCUCUACGAUAUCGAAGAAGCACGCGAGCAGGUUGAUGAUGUCCUCGACAACGUCGAAGAAGCUGAUAACAAUAAAAACGAUGUGCAAACACCACCCGUAGCUGAAGAAAACGUGGAAGAAAGCAAGAUCGGUGAUGCCAAAGAAAAAGAACCGUCAGUGAAUGGACAAAAUGGCUUUGCCGACGUCGAUGGUGACGGGGCAGAAGAGGAAGUUCCGGGAGAGAGCGGCAAUGAGCAGGACGAUGACGAAGACGACUUCAGCGAUGAUAGUUACGAGGAAAGUGUGCCCGAAUAUCAGAAAGCACCGCUCUCGACUAAACUAAGAAUUAAAAACUGGCUGGCCGGUUUAGAAAAUUCGAGUAAUGAGAGUUCUUCGCGUAUUGAUAGAUUCUUGCCAGAAAUCAUGUGACAUUUACAGUGUGUCCUCAUGUUUGAUAUUUUACUUUACAAUUUUUAUGUGGAAUUUUCUCAUUUUGAGGCUUUAAGUUCCAUCGUCUUCCGUUAGUUAUUUCGAAUGUUUAAAAUGUCAAGAAUUGCUACUCAAAUAUUUUAUUCGCAUUAUUUUCAGUUUCAUCUU